AAUUUUCAAAAUUUAACAUUAUUUUAAAAAGUUGCCGCUUGAAUGGCUUGCACCCCUGGUUAAUGUAUCACGUUAUUUUCGCCAUCCCUGCGGUUUUACUUGCAUUUCAUUUUUGCGUUUGUUUACAUCGCCGGGUAGCAAUUGUGUUUUAUAGGAAUAUGCGUUGGAUUUACGCAUGUUUUGUAAUUGUACUCUGCGCGAUAAUCUUCUGCGAAUACGUGGCCGACUUUGUCGUGCUACAAAACUGCAAAUGGCCCGAAAUACGCCGCAAGAAGUAUGUGGAUGAUCCAUUGCGAACGAUGGUCAUAGCCGAUCCCCAUUUGCUUGGCCCACAUCGUGGUCAUUGGAUGGACAAGCUGUACAGGGAGUGGCAUAUGAAACGCUCUUUCCAGGCAGCCUCGAGGCUGCUACAACCGGACGUAGUCUUUGUGCUGGGCGACCUAUUCGACGAAGGCGACAUGGUCAACGACAAGCACUUCGAUAGCUACGUAAUGCGCUAUCUACAAAUGUUUAAUCUUCCUGCUGGCAUACCGCUAAUUAGCGUGGUGGGCAACCACGACGUGGGCUUCCACCACAGGAUGCAUCCCUUCUUUACGUCGCGCUUCGAGCACUAUUUAAACUACUCCAUGGUGCACUUGUACACCAUUAAACAAAUACACUUUGUUAUGAUCAAUUCCAUGGCCAUGGAGGCCGACGGCUGCAUGUUUUGCAAUGAGGCAGAGCAAGCGCUGAAGACUAUAUCGAAUACUCUGUUCUGCAUGCAGCAUCCGCAUGUGGCGGAGUGUGCACGCACGCGUCGUCAUCCAUAUAGCCAGCCGAUAAUAAUGCAGCACUUCCCCACGUAUCGGAUAUCGGACAAGGUGUGUCGGGAGCACGAUGCGCCACACAUUGAAGCCUUCAGAGAGCGGUAUCAUGUCCUCUCUAAAGAGGCGACCGACACGAUAGGCCAAUUGCUAAAGCCGAGGCUCGCCUUUGCCGGGCAUUCGCACUACUACUGCCACAACAUCAACCGAUUGGGCAUUGACGAGUAUACGGUGUCUUCCUUUAGCUGGCGCAAUAAUGUUAAUCCCAGUUUUAUGCUGGCCACCAUUACGCCUGAUGACUAUGCGGUCAGCAGAUGCAAAAUGUUGCCACAGCAAUUCGUAAUCAAUAGCUACUUAAGUGCGGGCAUUGCGUGUUUGGUGCUCGUCGCCUGCCAGUUAAAAAAGUAUUGGUGCAGCCGGAGGCUAACGACAUCGGAGACAGCCCAUUUGAAGCAACAUUAACUGGAACAUAAUGCUUG